AUGGCCGGCACAAGCAGAAGAGUCCUCAACGAGUCCUUCUACGCAGAGCAGCUCGAGCAGCUCAACAGCAACAUUCCUCUGCGUCUGGGCUGCAGCCAGUUGAUCCAGGAGUACAACAGCUUGUUGGUGGGUUAUGUGAGAGACGUCAACCAGAUGCUUGAGCAGCACCACUCUCUUCAGCAGCCUCAACAGCAUUGGCCAGAGCAUGAGGACAAUUUCAAUCUUGAAAACAAUUCUUGUUUGUGUCGUUACAAAAAACGCAAUCCAACCAUUGCUGAUGCUCAUAGUGAUAGCAGAGAUGCUAUAUUUAAUAUUUUCGAUGCUCUACGCAGUGAAGUUGAUUUAGAUUCGGAUUUUAAUUUUGAUUCAGAUUUAAAAUUUCUAACUAAAACUGUUGGUAGCAAAAGGGAUACAAAUGCCAACGAAGAUGAUAAUAAUAAAGGUCAUAGUUCCAAUACCAGUUUACCUGCCAUCAAAUCAACUAAGAACAACAAUACAACCAUAGUUGGCACUGGGAAUAUUGGUAUCAAACAAAAAAACCAAACAAUUCCCAAACCAACCCGAAACUUGUCAACAUUUGAAGAUUUAAAUCACUCAACUUUGAUUAAAAGUGAACAAAAAUUGAUUCGAGAACACCAUUUGAAAAAUUCAAUUUCUAAUGAAAAUCAGAUUAAUGUUAACAAUAUAAAAAUACCAACGAUACAAUGUAAAACAAAAGAAAGUGAUAAUAAUAAUAAUAAUAAUAAUAAUAAUAAUAAUAAUAUAAAAAAGAUAAAUAAAAUUGAUAAAAUUAAUAAAAUUGAUAAAAUCGAUAAAAUUGGUAAAUCUUCAAUAUGUAGAUCUAACGCUAAAAGGAAAUUGAUUGAUAAAGAGAAAAAAAGAAACAAUAUCAAAAUUUAUCUAGGAAUUUAUACAAAAAAACUCUCUAGUUAA